UCUACGAAGCUGGAAAAUAAAAAAAAGGGGAAACUUCAAAAGCAGAUAUGUCAAGUUGUUCUGGAUCAUUUUGAGAAGCAGUACGCAACGGAACUGGGAGGUACAUGGACCAGUGUCAGAGAUGUACUCACAUACCCAUUGUGCUGGCAGUAUGCCGUUCUGCUUAACAAGUUCAGCCAGUCCGCGGAACUGGAGAACACCUUGCGUGUGAAGGGGUAUCAUCCUGCCUUUCAAGGAAGUUUGCCCUAUCUUCCAGCGUCGUUUAAGUGCUACAUCAGGAGAAGUCCUGGGAGAUUCCCUGCACAAAGACACCAGGCUGGUAAACUGAAAGAGUAUUACCUGCUGAAUGCUGCUUCGGUUUUGCCAGUGUUGGCGUUAGAAGUGAAAGAUGGGGAAGAUGUUUUGGAUCUCUGUGCUGCCCCAGGGGGUAAAUCAGUAGCUAUACUGCAGUGUGCCUAUCCAGGUCAGUUUCACUGUAAUGAGUAUGAUGAUUUGAGGUCAAGAUGGCUGAAACAGACGAUAGAAUCCUUCAUCCCAGAUCCUUUGAUUAACUUAAUAACGCUCUCUAGACUGGAUGGUAGACAGAUUGGAGAUCUUAAGCCUGAAUUAUAUGACAAGGUACUGGUUGAUGCUCCCUGUUCAAAUGACAGAAGUUGGCUAUUCUCUUCUGAUCUUCAGAAAGCUACACUUAGGCUAGUACAAAGGAAGGAGUUAACAUCUCUGCAAUUCCAGCUGCUAAGGUCUGCUAUUAAAGCACUGCGUCCUGGUGGAUCCUUGGUUUAUUCUACAUGCACUCUCUCAAAGGCAGAAAACAGCGAUGUAAUAAAUCUCAUUCUAAGCUCCUGCAGUAACGUUAUGCCUGUAGACAUAACUGAAAUGGCCAAAGCUGUUUCUCAGGAAUUCACUUUUCUCAGGGGUAUGCAACAGCAUGAACUUCUGGUUCUCCCAGAGAAAGGGAGAGCAUGGGGUCCAAUGUACAUAGCUAAAUUAAAAAAAAUGUAAUCCGUCUGAUGCCUGUUAGUUUUUAUAAGGGAUAUGUAAUAAAUUA